CUCGCGCCUCCCUCAGCCUCUGCGGCGGCGGCGGCUCCGCUCGGCUUCCUGCUCCGUCGCCGGCGGGCGGGCCGGGGCAGCCUGCGCGCUGCGGCCGCUGAGGGGACGCUGCGCCACCCGCCCGGCUCCCUGCAGCCCAGGUGGCUGUUUUUAAUGCAGUAGUGUCAUCAGCUGGCUGAAGACUAAACAUGAGAAUAGCAGGUGCUGCGAAGUUGGUAGUAGUCAUAGCAAUAUUUUUAUUGACAUUUUAUGUCAUAUCUCAAGUAUUUGAAAUAAAAAUGGAUGCAAACUUAGGACACAUAUUUGCUAGAUCAGCACUGGAUGCAGCUGCACGCUCUACAAAACCUCCAAGAUACAAAUGUGGGAUCUCUAAAGCUUGUCCUGAAAAGCAUUUUGCAUUCAAAAUGGCAAGUGGAGCAGCAAACGUAGUUGGACCUAAAAUCUGUGUAGAAGAUAAUGUUUUAAUGAGUGGAGUUAAAAAUAAUGUUGGCAGAGGAAUAAAUGUGGCCUUGGUCAAUGGUAAAACAGGAGAACCAGUAGACACUAAAUUCUUUGACAUGUGGGGAGGAGAUGUGGCACCAUUUAUUGAAUUUCUGAAGUCCAUCCAGGAUGGAACGAUAGUGUUAAUGGGAACAUAUGAUGAUGGUGCAACCAAGCUUAAUGAGGAAGCACGGAAACUGAUUGCUGAAUUAGGAAGCACAUCUAUUACUAACCUUGGCUUUAGAGACAACUGGGUCUUCUGUGGUGGAAAAGGAAUUAAGACUAAAAGUCCGUUUGAACAGCAUAUAAAGAACAACAAGGACACAAACAAGUAUGAAGGCUGGCCAGAAGUUGUUGAGAUGGAAGGCUGUAUCCCUCAGAAACAAGACUAAAUGAAAACAAAAGGAAAGGAUAAAGAAUAUGGAAGAAAAUGCACUUUCUGCUAUUAUUAGGGAGAGGGCUAUGAAGGAGUCUGUACCAUAAAUAAUAUUUUUAAAGCAUGCAACCAUCUUGUCGGUGUGUGCAUGAGCACUGACAUUUUGAAUAUUGGGAUUAUUUAUUGCUAACACACAUAGAAAUCCUUUUUGUAAAUAUGUCCAAAACAAAAUAAACAUCAAAUCAUUUCUAUGCAGAUUUCUUAAAAGCACAGUAAUUAGUUUGCCUGUGGUAAAUAAUAUCUUGUAGAUCAACUGGCUAAUAAAUGGCAUAUGCGGAUAAUAAACAGAUUCUGACAAAUGUUGUACUGUCCUCUUAACGGUGUAAUGUUGCUGUGAGUAUGUAACCUUUGUGGAAUACUGUAGAUUUUAGUAAUAAGUUAAUAAAGAGCUUUAAUUUUUUUUAUCCUCUGCCUUUUUAAUGGCAGCAUCACUUUUUAUUAAAGCUAUUUGGUUAUUCUAAUACCGGGUGCUCCAGAAAUUUAUUUUGUAGUCCCUCAUCAAAACUGAAUAAUCAGCAAAGGAAGAAUACGUGGUAGUGUAACACAGAUAUGUCAUGAGAAGCACAAUAGAAAUUAUUUUUAUGAGGGGAAGAACAAAAGUAAAUAUAUAGUGUAUGUGAUAUUUAAAAGCAGCUUGGAAGGAUUUGUACUGACUUGAAAAUAAUGUUUACUUUGUAGAAGAGACUUGGCAUGUUAAGCAGCAGUACGGUGGCUAACUUGUUCAGCUUUUAUUGCAAUUAUCGUACUGCUGCUUAACCAUCAAUUCUACCUGUGGCUGUACAGCUUUAGUCUCCAGUCACGUAGUAAAUAUGCAUAACGGAAUAGCUUUCUCUUUGUUCUAAUGUCAGGAAUAAGUUUCCCAUCACAAAGAGCCAGUUAGAAAGCAGUCCGACUUCUGGUGAGAGUUGUUUCAGGGUACACAAUUGUGCAGCUUUACCACCUAUGUUACAUCUAAUGUGAACUGAGGCAAUUUGUUCUUACAGCGAGAUGUUAGAGCAUUGUAUCUGGGGUUAUGCAGUGUGUGACUUUUAAACUUAGCUGACGAUGUUUCCUUCAUCUCUUUUUUUUUUUUUUUUUUUUUUGUAAAUGGAAAAAAAUGGACCAACUUUAAGUGGCCUUAUUCUUUAGCUUGUAUCAGAGCUGUGAGAAAAUGUUGCUUUCUUUGGAAACCUCUGUUUCUUUUAAGUAGGCCCAGCUUGAUCUUUUGGUAAAACUAGGUUAGUACAGUAUAACUGAUAGUAUUAGGGGCUGACACAGAAUUGAGUAUAAUCUCUUGGAGUUUUAUGUCAUGAGUUCUGUUAUAAUCUUAAAAAAUUUCUCGCUAGUACAGUGGGGCAAAAGCCACAGAGGAUUUUUCAGGAACCCAUAGUGUGAGUUGAACACAGUGGCACUAAAAAUACUAUUAUUGUUGAUGUCUUCUGAGACAAAUUUAAUUCUGUGCACUAAAAAUUUCAAGCAAUAUUGGGAAUUGCCUUGUAAGUCAAAUAACCUGUGAUACCAGAGUAAGGCUGGAUUCUGAGUUCUGUAUGUUUAACAAGCUUGUUAAAUAAUGUGGUUUUCCCUCAAGUUUAAUGUAGAACAGCAAUAAAUGCACCUUAUACAGUGAAACUGCCUUUGUUAUAUCUUUCAGAUUUUCUUGUGUAGGAGGACAUGUCAAAAUCAUGUAUAUUUUUUAAUCAAACUUCCCUGUUUCUAGCAAUUGGAAAAGAACUUCUAUUUUAUAACAUUGGGUUAUUGUGGAAAACUAAUUAUGUAUGUCCUGGAAUUUUCACAGAAAUAAAGUUUUGUUGGUGUAUAUGCCAGUAUUGGUUAUACUGCCAUCCUGAAUAAUAUAAAAAUAACUUGGCAGUUACUUGGCAGGGGCUUAAGAGAAAAAACCAUUUGUCUGCAUUAAUAGUUUCCCUGGACUACUCUUUAUUAUGGGUUUGAAUGCCAAUGAAUAUUUCAUCUUUCAGCAAAUUAAAAAGUUCAUAUUUCGUCUACAAAGUUAAAUGUUAAGGGCAGACCUCUUUUAGCCCUUGUAUCUUUUAAAUUUGUCCCCUUUUUUUCCUAGCAGUCUAAAUUAAGGGGUUAAAAGUCAUAAUGUAUUUAAAGUUGAACCUGUCACAAAGCUUUUAAACAACAGAUUUUAAAGCAAUAAAAUGUUAGGAUUAUUUUUGUAACUUCUCAAAUAGUUUGGUUCUUGUGAUUUUGAUGGAAAUCUUCCUCUUAUUCUCUAACCCCCGUCCUCACAGCUGUAAUGUAUCAUAUUAAAUAAAGACUCUUAAAAUAUAUAAAACUCAUAUUGGAGUAGCCAUGCAAGUGGGGUCUCCUUGCUUUUGUUCAUCAUCAUCAUAGUCUGUUGACUUGCCCCAAGAUCUAGUCAUGCCGUUUCUCACUUCUGCCUUGAGUGGGCCAGUUACAGCAUCCCCCUGUUGAGGUAAAUUUUCUGAUGCCUACUCUUAAGAAGUGAGACUUUGAUUGUCUGUUUUGCAUUUGAGUUACCAAGCACAGAGGUUACUUUUCUAGCCUUCCUGGUCUCAGUCAGCUGGUGCUAGGAAGUAGUUGCAAUGAUGAAGGCAUUUUCUACAGGUGGCUUCCCACAGGAGUACCCGUGUGUGCCAAAGCUCCCGGCUGCAUGUUUUCCUACACAACGUGCUGGGAACAUUUGCAGUGUCUUGCAGACUUGUUGAGAAGAGAGUUGUGAGGGAAGGAAAGAGAAAGAUGGCGGGGGAUGUCUACCUUAAAAAGUACAGCUGUGAGAAGAGUGGGGGGGAGGACACAAGAAGGUUGUAGCUUCAUUUUCAGCAAGGAGCACCCAGGUGGGAUUCAAGCCACCUAAAGACAGCUUCAUUGUGAACCACAGCUCUCAACUGCUGUACUAGUGUUGCUUUAUAUGGAUACCAGGAGUCAAGAAAGAAGCUGAAGGGGGUCUCUGCCUUGACGUGCCCUCUGUGUCUUUCCUGGAGUCUUUCAUGAUCAAACUUUUUUUUUUUUUUCCUUUCCCUCUGGAAACAAAAGAGCUUUUUACAGCUUUAGUUUUCCAAGUGAUAAUUUGGAAAAAGCUUCCCUUUGCUCAGCGUGUUUUGCUUUCUGGAUGUCUAGUUCCUUCAAACAUUGAUGUGACUACUAAACUGUUGAUGUAUGUGUAAUGUCUCUUAAACUGUUUGGACUUUCUGCAAUCUGAGUGAUUUUCAAGAAUGAGUGUAUUUAAUAAAAUGGAGUCCAGGUGGGUAACUUCAUGAGGGUAAAUAAAGUAAUAAUACUACUGCCUUAA